AUGGCCCGAAAGAAAUCGCCAAGGAUGCUAGCGGCGAUCUUGGUCGCGUCUUCCGUCGCAGCAAUUUCGUAUAAACUCUACGGUGUGCUCAAAGGGCAAAGUGACAGUAAAAGUCCUCUGGAUGCAAAGGACGGCGGGGUGGCCUUAUCGAGAAGACGCCAGUACCGAAACAAGUCGAUCACCGUUACUCUUCUGCACUCCGUGUUGAAUCUGGGAUUGCCAUUAAAUGAGAUGCUUCUUUCAUCCGAGAAUGUCACAUUCAUCCUUCCUCCGUAUCUUUCUGUGGAUGACCUCGCGUGCCAGAUCGAGUCCAGCGAAAAUGGAGCGCUUUACGAGUUGCCCCUGACCUUGAUUCGCAACUACAAGCUUUUGAAAUGCUCCAACAUAGACGGGUACUUCCAUCUUCUCAAGGAUCUCCGGCCAGAUGUUCUUUUCGUCUGCACGGACGAUUUGGGCAUAGACCGAGUGCCUCCGGAUUUGCGUCGGUUUGUUAGUGAAAUCGUGGCUAUUGAGCAGGACAAAGAGAAUGUACGCAGCGUCUUGUCUGAUGUUUUUCUGCAGUGA